CCUGAAUGUGAAGCUCAAACUGAUGAAAACACGUUUCACGUCCCCUCGAUAUCAUGAACGUUACCAUUUGUGAAAACUCACUACUAUGCUUGAAAAUAUUAAUUUAGUGUGGUUAAGUUACUACGCCGUGACCGCCAAUUUACUAGAAAGCUGUCAUCUAACGUUAACGUCAGUAUUUCUAACGUUAGUGCUAGCCAGCUAGCACACCCAGCUAACGCCAGCUAGGAUAGUCACUUGUUCCCGUUCAGGAGGUUAAGGGUUGUCACAAGUAGACGGUUUCAGCCAAGGAAUUGCAUAUCAGCAGACACCACGGGCAUUAACUAGGCAUUGAUACGAUCUAUUAACUGCCCAAACACAACUCUAAAAGGGGUGCUGGAGGGUGGCGUGCGGAGCUACCGGAGCGCGGACUGGCCAGCGCUGUGAGUUACUACGCUGUGAGUGCACGUGCACGCUGCUCCCCGGGGCAUGAGCCAUGACGUCAGUGGUGCUGGUGGACAGCGGAGGAUCGGUGGUGGAGUACGUCACGGUGGUGGACGACUCGCAACAGGAGGCCCUGUGUGAGGAGGCGGAGUUGGAGACGGAGGGAGAUGGGGAGGUGGAGGAGGAGGAGGUGGAGGGGACUGAGGCUGAGUACCCGGCUGUGAUCGUGGAGCCUGUACCCAGCGCAGGACGCCUGGAGCAGUGCUUCGCCGCCCAGGUGCUCGUCUACGAUGACCAGACCUACCUGAUGCAGGGGGUCGCUCAGGAGCAGGAGGUGGAGACGGAGAUGGUGGAGAUCGUGGAAGCAUCGGUCCAUGGCUCAAGCGUUGACAAGACGAUUGAGGCGGCGGAAGCGCUUCUUCACAUGGACUCUCCCUCCAGUCUCCGAGGAGACCGCAGUCCAGAAGUGUUUGUGCCCCCCUGUGCCAACUCGCCAGAGAUGAUGCACGCAGCGAUGCGGCCUGACAUGCCAGCAGAGGUGGUGGUGGAGGUCAGCACCGAGGAGUCGGAGCCCAUGGACAUGGGGGUCAUGAUGGAGGAGACGGAGCUGGAGACCGAGCCGGUCAAGAAGAAGAAGGCUGGUCGCAAGCCAAAGACGCACAGCACGUCCGUGUCAAACGGCUCUCCAGACCUGGGAAUCAAGAAGAAGCCCAGAGAAGGAAAGGGCAGCACUACGUACCUGUGGGAGUUUCUGUUGGACCUGCUCCAGGAUAAGAACACCUGCCCCAGGUACAUCAAGUGGACCCAGCGGGAGAAGGGCAUCUUCAAGCUGGUGGACUCCAAGGCCGUGUCCAAACUCUGGGGCAAACACAAGAACAAGCCCGACAUGAACUAUGAGACCAUGGGACGAGCUCUCAGGUACUACUAUCAGCGUGGUAUUCUGUCCAAAGUGGAGGGUCAGCGUCUGGUCUACCAGUUCAAGGAGAUGCCCAAAAACAUUGUUGUCAUCGACGAUGACCAGUCGGACCCGGGCGGGGGCGACGAAUCGGCAGCGGCGGCAGCGGGCCUGGAGAAGUCGUACGAGCGCGUAUCCCUGGCCGGCGGCGAGACGGCCCUGUUGACCUCUGACCUUUCGAAGGCACCUGGGAUUCUCAGGGGCGCCGGUGGUCGCGCGGUGAUCCACACGGCCAAGGGCAAAGCCGGCGUCACCGCCACCACGCUCACGGCCACGCCCAUCCAGCACAUCGUCACCGUCUCCACGGCACCAGACGCCUCGCAGACGCAGCUCACGUCCCACGCCACGAUCAUUCCCACCGCCUCGGGGCCCAGGACGGUACGUGUGGCCAUGCAGGUGCCUGUUGUCAUGACCACGGCCCUAGGUCAGAAGAUCUCCACGGUAGCAAUGCCAUCCCACAACCCCUCUCUGUUCACCUCGGCCCCCACCUCCAUCGCCACCAUGACGGGCACCAACGCGCCCAAAGUGCUCAUCCAGACGGUGCCCACCAUGAUGCCCGCCACGGCGGAGAACGGCGACAAGAUCACCGUGCAGCUCGCCAAGAUCAUCACCAUCCCCGCCUCCCAGCUGGCGCAGUGCCAACUGCAGGCCGCCCCUGGCAAGCCCGGCUCGCCAACGAGCAUCAACCUGAUGGGCACUCCGCUGGCCAUGCGGGCGCUCUCCCCGGUGUCGAUGGCACCGGGCACCCAGGUGGUGCGCCUGGCGAUGCCCGCGCAGCAGGCCAGCGUGCCCGUCCAGCAGCCGCGGCUCCCGCUCAGCCUGGCGCCCACGCAGACCAUCUUCACCACCAGCAGUGCCAGCAGCAGCCCCAGGGUGUUCCAGGCCCAGCCGGCCGUGUCGGCAGCAGCCAGGGUGGUGGGCACCGUCGUGGCCACCACCACCGCCGCCGCCCCAGUCGCCCCAGUCGCCAGGCCCGCCAUCGUCUCCGCCAGUCAGACGCAAGCGCCGCAGUCGAUAACCGUUUCCACGGUGAGCGUCCCCACGACGACGACGACGACAACGGAGACGGCGGUGGCAGCGCUGAUGGUGUUGCAGGACACGUGCACGGAGCAGCGGGCGGCGGUCCAGGGGCAGGAGCAGCAGGCCGCAGAGGCGUCCCCUGGCCAGAGUCAGGAGGCAGAGUGCUGAGGGACAGGGAGGCUCGGCACAGAAUGUGUGUGUGGAUGGCUGAUAGACUCACGUGAAGAGGAUUGUAUCCAGACACACACGCACACGUACACACACACACACACACACACACACACACACACACACACACACAUACAUAUCCGGACUGGACUUAUGCGUUCGGCUUGUACAGUUUGAGACACAAAACAAAGAAAAGCUUAAUUUCUGUGAAAUAUGUGACUGUACAAAUACAACAAUAAUUUGCCAGCCAAGCCCUUGUAAAACAUCCAUAUGCAUAACGAUCUGUCGGCAGAGACCUGACACUAGAACCACAUUUUUUUUAAAUCCCAUUUUUGUAAACACAAAAACUCUCAGCGAGGAAUAGGAACUUCGCUGAAAUCUCAGCAAUUUACAAAAAAAGGGACCAAUAUAUAACAUUAGAUUUUUUAUAAAAAAAUCUGUUGACACUAACGGCAUCAAGCCGGAAAACUAUAUGACAAAAAAAAAAAACACUAACAAAUAAUCAUACCAAAUGUGAACUUAAAAAGGGAGGAAUGGACUGAAAAAUUAAUUUGCAACACUUUUUGUAUAAAGUUUCUUUUUUUUCCCUCUUGUAUAUUGCAUAUAUGAUGCAAAAACCAGCAAAACUGUUUCAACUAUCACUGUGCACACAAAGCAUCAACGGUCUUGAUGCCGAGUGACCUACACAGGACAGAACUGACAAGUCCGGUCCCGGCCAGCUCCGCCAAGGGAGGCCUAAAGGGAAUUUGUAUAUACUUGCUUACAGUUUACGCUAAUCUCAAAGUGAAGCAGCCUUAGAUUUUUGUUUUGUUUUUUUAAAACAAAUAAGCUUAUCUGGCUUUUUUUUUUGUGCUCUUUCGUUUUGAUACCUUGUACCAAGCACAGUAUUACUACAGGACGCAAGAUUUGUAAAACAGUUUUAAGUUGAGGAUGCCAGUGGGGUUAGGCGCUUGAGGCUGUCCAGUCUUAUAGGAUGCGACUGCCACUGUAUCAAACCUCAGGCUGCUUCAAGAAGCUAGAGGACGUUGGCAGCCAGGUUGCCUCUGGUCUUCGCCUCCCCCCCGUGUUGGUCCGAGAAGUCAGAGGUCAAGUAUGGUGGCCUGAGCCACAGUGGCUACUGAUAUUCUGCUAUCUUUCUUUUUUUUUGCAUUCAAGUUUAUUUCCCCUUAGUUUCCAGAGAAGGGGAGAGGAAGAUGUUCGCAUUCAGAAUGAACUAGUUUGUAUAUUCAACAUUUGAAGUAUAUUCUAUUUUGUUGUACUCUUGUUUCAAAGUGUAUUCAAGUAGAUUUUACUUAAUUAUAAAAAAGCUAUUCUAAGAACUUGGUUUGUGGUUUGGUUUGUGAAACGAAUC